AUGACACCUACACGAGUUGGUCUAGUAGGUCUCGCACCCAUCGACGUUCUAGAACCUGUCGGUGGCAACUGGGGUGUCCUAUCCCACCUGAAACCCAUCCUUGAAUCGCCACGGUACGAUAUCGUGGCUGUGUGCAACUCAUCUGUUGAGUCUGCCCGCAAAUCAAUCGAGUUCCACAAACUCCCCGACACUGUCAAGGCAUACGGUAACCCCAAAGACCUAGCCAAUGACUCCAAUGUCGAUCUCGUGGUCGUCUCUGUCAAUGUUGCCAAGCACUUCAUGCUUGCCCAGCCUGCGUUGCAGAAUGGGAAAAAGGUGGUUGUGGAGUGGCCAUUGGGUGCUACAUUGAAGGAGAGUGAAGAGCUAGCGGCUUUAGCUGCUAGUAAAGGCGUCCAGACUGCUGUUGGCCUCCAGGGCCGAGCGGACCCUCUUAUCGUCAAGGUCAAAGAGAUUCUUGAUAAGGGAACCAUUGGCAGAGUUACUAGCUCCGUCGUAGUGGGCUGCACUAGCGCUCUUCCGGCGGAUAUCUGGCUUGAUAGUGGACUGUACUAUCUUAACAUGGACAGCGGCGGCAAUGAGUUUUAUAUCAACUUUGGUCAUUUCCUUGAUACCUUCACCCAUACUCUGGGUGAUUUUGAGACUAUCCAGUCAACCCUCAAGACACAGCACCCAGUUGUUCCAAUCUUCAGCAUGGAGAAGCAAACAAUCGUUGAUCCCGCCUACAACAAGACGGCCCCUGAUCACAUGCUCGUCCAAGGCGUCCUCACCAGUGGUGCCGUAGCUGCCAUCAGCUUCCGCAAGGCCAAGAAGCCAGUUGACGAUCUUUCCAUCCGCUGGCUCAUCACCGGCACGGAGGGUGAGAUCGAAGUCACCGUGCCCGAGGGCCAUUUCCAGAUGGGACCUGAUGGUAGCACCCUGCGCCUGCGAGUUGGUAAGGAGGGUGAGGUUCAGGAUGUUUCCUUCAAGGAAGCUGCUGUGCCUGAACAUAUUCAGAAGGCGCCGGUUGUUGGAAGAAAUACUGCCAGAGUUUAUGAGGCUUUUGGGCAAGAUCAGGAAAAGUAUGCUGAUUUUGAGUCUGCGUUGAAGACUCACAAGCUGCUGGACCAGAUUGCCAGGGAUGCAAAGUACAUCUAGGUUGAUGUUUGAGAUGCUGGAUUCUGUAU